AUGACAGGAAAUGAAGUUCACUUAUGCGAAUCAACCCGUCAUUAUUGCGGUGCUCCAUGUUCAUUAAGGGCUGAUACUCAAAAAGGAAAUUAUGAAUGUCGUAAUAGUUGCUUAAUUCCUUGUGAAGAAUCACAUGAAGUGCACAAAUGUGAGAAUGAGGUUUGUCCAAUCGAAUGCCCAAUAGCCAUAUGUCGUCGAAGGUGCGAAAGUCGAGAACAUUUUCAUGCAUUAGAAGAAAACGUGGAUCAUUUUUGCGGCGAAGAGCAUCAGUGCCCUAACGAAUGCGAAGAAUUAGGAAUUUGUAAAAUCGUUACUGAGCCAACUGCGAUAGUAAAGGAAGAAGCAGAAUAUGUGAAUAAAUUUGGCAGCUUUAUGUUUACUAAAUAUUCUCAAACUUUCCAAAGACUUCCUUGUUGCAUCAAAAUACCUCCAAAUGAAUUCAAGCAUGAAGGGAAACAUGUACACGAGGUCAAGAAAAUACAUGAAUGUGAUGAAACCUGUCCAGACGAUUUGGGCGCACACGUUAUUGAAGAAAACAAAAACUUUCAUUAUUGCGAUGUUAAAUGUCCAAAUUGCGCUUAUUAUUGUACAUUGCCUUAUGAUCACGGAAGAGAACAUAAUAGUGAACAUGACACUGUUCAUGGAAAUAUGCUCUUGACAACAUUCACAUGUGAAGAAGAAGAAUUCGAAUUUGAAGGACAUCGAUUAACUAUAGGUGAUAGAGGAGAUUUUGUGCUUUGUCAUAAGCUUUGUGAAAGUAUAGGUCAUCAUCGUCAUAUAGAUUAUUGUAAAGAUCCAGCUGUUUGCGGAAGUCUCACUAGUGGAAAAAAAGAAGGGAUAUUGGAGCACAUAACGGCAAAUAUAAGUCCUAAUCCGAGUCUCAAGAAAGAUUAUAUAUCUCAUCGUGUUUUCUGGGAAAGGACUAAAUUCCAAGAUCCGUAUUCGAGAGAUGACCGCGAAAGUUUCAAAAAAUGUGAUCAUGAAUGCAUCGACGAAAAACAUCAAAAACCUAUUGACGGAAAAGAUCCAGCAAAGUCAUUCUGUACUCAGGAAUUGUUUCAUGCUGGAUUAAAUCCAAGUUCAAAUCCUCCAGGAAAUGUUGGAUAUAUUUCAACAGAUGGUCAUCAUUUUUCUUGCGAAAACCCUGCGACUAAUAUUGGCGAUUUUCAUAUUGUUUUCGUCGUUGAUAGAAGUGGCUCUAUGUCUUCUGGUGAUUGCCGACCUCGUUGUAGCAACUCACAAACAACUCGUUUGCUACAUAAUCAUAAUAAUCGAUUAGGCGCUGUCUAUGAAGCAGUGUAUACUUUUAUUGAAACGCGUAAAAAUUCUCGAAAAGCUACUCGCGUUGGGCUCUCAGCUGUAGAUCGUGAUAUAACUUCACUAAUUUUGUUUGAUUAUGUGGCAACUGUAGUUUUUGAAAAUCAAAGCUUAUCUAAUACAGAAGAGCUUUUAAACAAGAUGAUGAGCUUUAACCCGACUGGAGAUAAUUAUUAUCAUGAAGGAAUAAAAAAAGCAGCUGAAAUCAUUGAAAAAUACUACGAUCCGCAAAAAACCAACGUGAUUAUUUUUCUAUCUGAUGGUGAAUAUCAUCCGCCGGAAUCUGAAUUACGAAGUCUUUGCCAAAGAGAGGCUAACAAAGGGACGCCUUUAUAUUUAUAUACAAUAAUGUUCACGGGUAGCUAUGGUUCUCAUGCUCAUUGGGGCCAAUCACUUCAAAAAAUGGCAGAUAUUGCAACAGAAUAUCUCCCUCGAUCUAAUAACAAAGAUGCUUUAAAAUGUCAAUAUGUGUAUGCAAUGAACGAAAUUAAACUUACUGAGCAUUUUACGCAAGUAGCCGAAAGUUUACGCAAACAUCAGCCAAUGCUCAUGAGGAAAUAA